AGCUGGAUCUUCCUGUUCUGCAUGUCUCCAAUGGCUCCUGCAGGUUUCUCAGCCUCCCUUCCUCUGUGUGUGUGUCUGCUGCUGGCCUCUGGCUUUGCCCAGGCAGGCAGGCUGCUGGUGGUACCCAUGGACGGGAGCCACUGGUUCACCAUGCGGUCGGUUGUGGAGAAGCUCAUCCACAGAGGGCAUGAGGUGGUGGCAGCUGUGCCAGAGGUGAGUUGGCAACUGGGAAAAUCUCUGAAUUUUACUGUGAAGAUGUACUCAACUUCUCACACUCUGGAGGAUUUGGAUCGAGAAUUCAAGGUUUUUAGUGAUUCUCGGUGGAGACCCUGGGAAGAAAACCUCUACUCUUUAUUUCACAACACAAACAGCAAGUAUUUUGAAUUAAUAUUUUCACAGUGUAGGAAUUUGUUUAACGACAAGAAGUUAGUGGAGUACUUGAAGCAGAGUUCUUUCGAUGCUGUUUUUCUGGAUCCUUUCGAUGUGUGCGGCUUGACUGUUGCCAAGUACUUGUCGCUCCCAUCCGUGAUCUUCACUAGAGGAGUAUUUUGUUAUUUUCUUGACGAUGGUGCCCAGUGCCCCAGUCCUCUUUCUUAUGUUCCCAGAGUUCUCUUCAGACUCACAGACAACAUGACUUUCAAGGAGAGAGUGUGGAACCAUCUUGUUUAUACGGCGGAGCAUUUAAUUUGCCCCUAUGUUUACAAAACUGCCAUAGAAAUUGCCUCUGAAGUUCUCCAGACCCCAGUGACUAUGUAUGACCUCUUCAGUCAAGUGUCCAUUUGGCUGUUACGCACUGACUUUGUGUUGGAUUUCCCCAGACCUGUGAUGCCCAAUAUGGUCUUUAUUGGCGGGAUCAACUGCCACCAGGGAAAGCCACUUUCUAAGGUAUGUUGUCUCUCCUUUAGCACAUGA